AUGUGUAUGGAGUGCCAUAUUUUCCUAUUUACAUCCACAGUACAUACUUCUUGCAGUUUCACUAUCUACUUUUCACAGAUUGCAGUAAAUAAAAGCUACAGCUGUGAAGGUUUAGGACUGAGGAAGAUUCCUGAAGGACUACCUGCUGCAACAGAAAUCCUCGAUUUCAGCUUCAACAUGCUCCCUUCCCUCGAGAAUUCAACCUUCUCUGAGCUGAAGUCUCUUCGCCACUUGGACUUAACAAGGUGUCAGAUAAACUGGGUGUAUGAUGGUGCCUUUCACAGCAACAGGCAGCUGAAGACACUCGUGCUGACAGGAAACCUGCUCAUGUUUCUCUCUGACACAGCGUUUGUUGGCCCACAGUCCCUGAAGCAGCUUAUUUUAACACAGACGGGAAUAACAAGUAUGUCCUUUAUUCCAAUGACGAAUUUGGACAGCUUGGAUACCCUCAUCUUGGGCAGUAACCACAUCUCCUCGCUGCAGCUUCCUCCCAACUUUCCUACUCAAAACCUCAAAUACCUUGACUUUCAAAUGAACAACAUAAGAACAAUCACAGCAGAUGAUGUCUCUCUUCUGCAGAGGACCAGCAAUAUAACUCUCAUCUUUAAAGGCAAUGACAUUACAUACAUCGAACCUGGAGCUUUCCAGUCCCAUUUCUACAGUUUGGACUUUGGGGGCUGUGCUGACAUCCCUGGAAUCCUGGUGGGGCUACAGAACUCCACAGUCCAGACCCUUUGGCUGGGAACAUUUCAUGGUAUGAAAAAGGAGCCCUUCAUAAGCCCAGAUGUUUUACAAGGCCUCUGUAAUAUCUCUGUUAAGGAUCUCUAUCUGCAGCUACGGCACUUCAGGAACCUGAAUGCCAACAUGUUUCGUUGCUUGACUAGGCUCCGAAAGCUGGACCUAACUCAAACCCACAUCAACGCGUUGCCCGCCGACAUCAGUGGCAUGAGCUCGCUAGAAGAGUUAGUUCUGAACGCAAACUCGUUUGAGCACCUCUGCAAUAUCAACUCUGCCUCCUUCCCCUCCCUCAUCCACCUCCACAUCAAGGGGAACUCAAAGGUCCUGCAGCUGGGCUCUGGCUGUUUGGAGAAACUGGCAAAGCUUCAGCAUCUCGAUUUAAGUAAGAGUUAUAUCGAAAGCUUUGACUGCUGUAAGGGAGCACUGAGUGGUUUGAGCAGUCUUCGGCAACUGAAUCUGAGCCACAACACCAAGCUGCACCUCCACGAUGUGUUCAUGGAAGAUGGUGCUAGCCUGGAGCUGCUGGACCUAGCUUUCACUCCUCUUCACAUCAACACUUCACAGGGCCCUUUCCGAAGUUUGCAUCUCUUGCAAGUGCUGAAUCUUUCCUCCUCCCACAUUAAUACUAGCAAUCAGCGUCUCUUUCAAGGCCUGGAAAGCCUCAUACUCCUGGACCUUAGCCAAAAUAACUUUGAGUUGGGGAUCAUGCAAAAUGACAAGCUGUUCCAAGAACUACCCAAUUUAGAGGUACUAAUUUUAUCAUCCUGUGAACUGACAGCAAUAGGUGACCAAGCAUUUCACAGUCUCAAGAAGUUACGGCACGUUGAUCUGAGCCGCAAUAAACUUGCUGCAUUCAGCACAGAUGCAUUUUCAAACCUCAAGAACAUCUAUCUCAAUUUUGCCCACAACAGGAUCCAUAUUGUACCAAGUGACAAGCUAGCACCCCUAGCUGGCCACUGCAUAAUCAAUUUAAGUUACAACCCUCUGAACUGUACCUGUUCCAAUAUUGAUUUAAUCACCUGGUACAAGCAGAAUCUGGAUAAAAUUGAGGACCCUAAAGAAACGAGAUGCUCUGAACCCAAAGGGCUAUCUGGGGCUCAGCUGACCGCUGUCUCGCUCUCCUGUGGGAUCACCACAGGAGGAAUCAUUGCAGUUGUCCUGGCUAUUUUAUUCUGUGCUGCUGUGUUCAUUUGGGGUGCUCGCUAUUUCAAGAAAAACUACCAGAAAAUAUAAAUGUAUGAUGGAGACAUAGAAAAGCUCUACAGCAACUGUAUUAAGA